CUCCGCUUCCUUGUCUCCCACUCACUUCCACUCUAUCGCUCUCAACUAACAGACACUACACACUCGCUCGCACCCUUCAACACCUUCGCCAUGCUCUUCAACGCCGCCUACCUCCUCCUCGCUGCCGCCGCCGCGCGCGCCAUCCAGAUCACGGCGCCCACCAACACGUCCAACUGGUCGACUGGCGUCCCCCAGACGAUCCAGUGGACUUCCGUCUCCACCGACCCCUCCACCUUCUCCAUCCAGAUCCAGGUGCCCUCGUCGUCGUCGCUUCAGACCGAGUCGGUCGCCACCAACGUCCAGACCUCGGCCGGCUCGUACUCGUACACCCCCGCCGCGUCCUACGUCGGCUCGCAGUACCGCAUCAACUUUGUCAACUCCCAGACCAACGCCAUCCUCGCCCAGUCCGACUACUUUACCAUUGCGCAGGGCUCGGCCGUCGCCUCGUCGUCGGCUUCGGCGUCGGCUUCGGUUUCCGCUUCGGUCUCGGCCUCGUCGGCCCUCGUCCCCUCCGGCUCGGUGCUCCCCUCGGGCGAGGCCUCGGCCUCGGGCCCGGCUAUCCCCAACGCUUCCGCCUCGUCCAAGCCCAACGGUGCCGGUGCUCUCGUCCCCUCGCUUGCCCUCGUCGGCGGCUCCCUCAUUGCCCUCCUCGCCUAAGCGCGGCGUGUGGUAUCCUAGGACAUUGUUAAACUGCCUUUAGCUUGGCUCCCCCUUUACCCCUACUACGGACAAUGUUAGUGUACAUGCACUCGUUUCUUAGA